CGGCAGUCGGUUAGUCAACUGCGGAGCUCAAUCGCAUUCUCGAUCGACCGCGACAUCGAGCAGUACCAGCCACUCCACACAUACAGUUCUUGCGCAAAACGUCCGAUCCGACUCGCGAAACGAUACGGACACCAAUGGCUGGCGCCGGACCCCCCGUUCCCCGGAUCUACCGCUUCACGGCCACCGGCCUCGGCGCGAUCAUGUGGUUCUGGGUAGGUUAUUGUUGCUCGGUAGCUGGAAGUCAGCACUGGAGUCGCGCAGCGGCUAACCGGGGCACAAUGAACGCACAGAUCUUCUAUAGAGCAAAGAAAGACGGGCCGGUUCUCCUCGGCUGGAAGCACCCUUGGGAUCACUAGACGUGCGAGAGACAACAAGCGGCCGGGG